GGACUAUGUUCUUUGCUGUCUCUUCAAGGGUCUUCUAUGAUGGAUUUCUUUGUCCUGAUUCAGCUAUAAAUACCCCAAUUCUUGAAUCUUAGUUCCUCACCUUUGAUUUCAACUACUUCACAUUUUUUUUGAUUUCUUCUUCAGCUUGAAGGCAUAGUUCAAGUUUAAGAGCCUUCGUAAGACGUAGUGGAGAAUGACUAUCACAGCUGUGCCGGUGAUCAAGAAUGGCUGCCUCAUGGUUCGUGGCAAGGUCGUCCUGACGGGAGUUCCAGGAAACGUUGUCAUUUCGCCUGCAAGUUCAGGAUCAGCUUUCAUAGGAGCUAGUUCAACGAGUUCGAGUUCUCGCCAUGUUUUCAGUCUUGGAGUUCUUGAAAACUGCAAGUUCAUGUGUCUGUUCAUAGCCAAGAUCUGGUGGAUGAUACCGCGGGUUGGGAAAUCAGCUAGUGAUAUUCCUCUGGAGACUCAGAUGCUUCUGUUGGAGGCAGAGGAAGAAUCUGCCCUGGAUUUAGUAGAUGAGGAGAUUCCUGGAGAACCCACGAGCACAAACAAAUUCUACGUUCUCGUAUUGCCCAUGCUGGACGGAGCUUUUAGGACUACUCUUCAAGGGACUAAGUCAAAUGAGCUCCAGUUCUGCUAUGAAAGUGGUGAUCCUGAAGUCCAGACUUGUCAGGCGAUGGAAGGAGUUUUUGUGAAUUCAGGGGACAACCCUUUUGAACUCCUCAAGGAUUCAAUUAAGAUAUUGGCCAAACACAAGGGUACAUUUAGUCAUCUGGAAAGCAAAAAGACUCCAGCUCAUCUAGACUGGUUUGGGUGGUGCACUUGGGAUGCUUUUUACACUGAUGUUAGUCCAAGUGGAAUCAAGGAGGGUCUUGAGAGCUUCAAAGAAGGCGGAAUUUCUCCUAAGUUCCUGAUCAUAGAUGACGGAUGGCAAGAAACAACAAAUGAGUUUGAGAAGGAAGGCGAGCCACUCAUCGAAGGAACACAAUUUGCUACCAGAUUAAGUGAUAUCAAGGAAAACAGCAAGUUCAAGGUCUCAGAGUCAGGCGGUUCAAGUACCAAUCUCAAGGAGUUAAUUCAUUACAUCAAAGAGAAUUACGGACUAAAAUACGUGUACAUGUGGCACGCUUUAGCCGGUUACUGGGGUGGAGUCCUCACCUCAUCUGAAGCCCUCAAAAAAUACAACCCGAAGCUUGCUCAUCCUGUGCAGUCGCCAGGGAAGUUGGGGAAUAUCAGAGACAUAGCCAUGGACAGCUUGGAGAAGUAUGGAGUUGGAGUGAUAGACCCUCAAAAAGUAUAUGACUUUUACAACGAUAUGCACGGUUAUCUUGCCAGCAGCGGUGUGGAUGGAGUAAAAGUCGAUGUCCAAAAUUUGUUAGAAACCUUGGGUGCUGGAUAUGGAGGAAGAGUGUCCAUUACCAGACAGUACCAUGAAGCCCUUGACAAGUCUGUAGAGAAGAACUUCGUGGACAAUAACUUGAUUUGCUGUAUGUGUCAUAAUUCAGACUCCAUUUUCAGUUCAAAGAACAGCGCUACUUCUAGAGCAUCAGAGGAUUUCAUGCCAAACGAGCCGACUUUCCAGACGUUGCAUAUUGCAUCAGUGUCUUUCAACAGUCUUCUGUUAGGCGAAGUCGUUGUACCUGACUGGGAUAUGUUCCAUAGCAACCAUGACACUGCUGAGUUCCAUGGCGCAGCAAGAGCAUUGGGUGGCUGUCCGGUCUAUGUAAGUGACAAGCCAGGAAAACAUGAUUUCAAAAUCCUGAGGAAACUUGUUCUGCCUGAUGGAUCCAUCUUGAGGGCUAGAUAUGCUGGCAGGCCAACACGAGACUGCCUGUUCAUCGAUCCAGUCAUGGAUGGCAAGAGCUUACUCAAGAUAUGGAACUUGAACAAGCUAACUGGAGUAGUUGGAGUCUUCAACUGCCAAGGUGCUGGAAGUUGGCCAAUGAAACAAGCACCGGAAUGCAAUGAAAACUCCAAGCCUGCAGCCGUUUCUAUCUCAGGCCGUGUCAGUCCUCUUGAUGUCGAGUUUCUUGAGGAGAUCGCAGGAGAAACUUGGGAUGGAGAAUGUGCUGUAUAUGCAUUCAACACAGGAUCCCUUUCCAGAGUGCCGAAGAACAAAACCAUUGAAGUGUCGUUAGGCGUAUUACAGUGCGAAAUAUAUACCAUCUCCCCAAUAAAAGUAUUCAACGAAAACGUCGACUUUGCACCCCUCGGACUAAUCAAAAUGUACAACUCGGGAGGCGCGAUCGAGGAUUGUACCUUCGAAGAUACCAUAACAGUCAAAGCAAGAGGAUCUGGCUUGUUUGGAGCAUUUUCAAGCAAAAAACCAAGGUGCUGUAAGGUAGACAAGAUAGAUGAGGACUUCACAUACAAUUCUGAGAAUGGAUUGCUGACAGUGAACCUUCAAAGUGAGAGCAGCUUCAAAGAGAUUGAAUUUGUAUAUUAAGGCGAUUCAUGCAAGUGAUCAGCAUCCCACAAAGCUGAAAUCAUCAUCAAGAUCAGCACAGCAAAGGGAGGGGGGAAAAGAAGAAGAAAAAAA